AUGUCUCCCUCAAACAACAUCUCCUCAUGGCACUCACAAUCAAGGUGGAACAAACUUUCCCGUGCUGAUGUGCAUCCACCCAUGCCAGCAAGACACACCGUCGGUCCGUUCCUCCUAGGUAUUCCCCAAGAAUGCCGAGAUAUGAUCCUCAAGAUGCUCCUUGAGAACAAGGCUCAGGCCUGGGAUGAUUAUAUCAUCGACAAAGAUGUACAACCCAUCUACCUGCACAUUCCUUGGGUCGGUGACAAUGGUGAUUCUGCAUCUCCGUACAAGAUCUCUGGCGACAGGAUCAACCUCGGCAACGUCAGUGUCCUGCGUGCUUGCCGUCAGCUUCGUUGGGAAGGAGCCCACAUCCUCUAUGGGCACAACUCGUUCGUCACGUACAAUUUUCCACAGCUGAAAUACCGCCUCCAUACCAUCAUCGGCCGAACGAACAUGAAGUACAUUCAGAGGGUCACCAUUGGCUUGCCUAUGAAACACAAGCGGGAUCCCACACCUUUUCUCGGGGGGUUCUUAGAGUUCUUCAAGGAGAAACUUCCCAACCUGACAGAGCUCAACCUGACAACCCAGUUCUACCAGUUUGAUAAACCGUUGAUGCAAUACUCGACCAACACCAGAAUCGGCGAGGAAUUUCGGGCCAUGCUGAAUACAUCCGCGUGGGUCACUUGCAGACAUCCUCAGCUGAAAAAGGCCAUCUGGUUGGUGGAGUCGGGUGGCACCAUGAGAGUGCCUCUUAUCAACUGGGCAAUGGUCGUCAACACUGAUGUGGAUGAUGGUGCAAGUGACACUAACGAGCACGGGAGUGAGUCUGAGUAUGCCGAUGAGCAACACGACAAUGGCGACCCUAACCUUCAGGAAUCUCAUAACGACCUUUUACAAACAGGUGGCAUAGAAUCCAGCAACAACGAUGCCGCAGCGGGUGGCAAGGGCAUCAAUGACAUGCCCCAUGAGGAUGACGACCCGGACGACUUUGGUAGAGACAUGACCAAUGAUGUGCAUCGAUGUCGUCUCACGGUCAAGAUUCUGGCCGAGGAUCGUCGGUUCAAGAUCCGAGAACAGGUCCGAAUCGACUUGAUUCCUCGAAUAACAAAAGUAAUUGCCAAGGAUAUCAUCGUCGAUAGCAGAGCAAUCAGGCGUGCUGGGUGGGCUGAUUUGCUUGCCAAGGACCCCCGCGACUUCGCGCUGGGCGAAAGUGCAACGUCUUCUGAGCCACCGAAGCCUGUCGUCAUCCGAAGCCGAGAUCAUGGCGGCAUGAUCUAUGCAAACUACGAGAUCGUCGAUGACUACCUUCGGGAUCAGUUCAAGUAUCUCUCGCUGAAGGACAAAAUUCGUCUGACUCCUAAGCAAGUCGCUUUAGAGGAUGAUAGCUCAGAAGUCGAAGGUUCAGGGGAAGGUCCGGCUUGA